CGAUCAUGGGACACAAACUUGAUUGAGUGCAACCUAGACCAAGAACUGAAACUUUUUGUAUCUCGACACUCUGCCAGAUUCUCUCCAGAAGUUCCAGGACAAAAGAUCCUUCAUCACCGAAGUGACAUUUUAGAGACUGUGGUCCUGAUCAACCCUUCAGAUGAAGCAGUCAGCACUGAGGUGCGUUUAAUGAUCACAGAUGCUGCCAGACACAAGCUGCUCGUGCUGACUGGACAGUGCUUUGAAAAUACUGGAGAGCUCAUUCUCCAAUCCGGCUCUUUCUCCUUUCAAUGCUUCAUAGAGAUUUUCACUGAUCAAGAGAUUGGGGAAUUACUGAGCACCACUCACCCAGCCAACAAAGCUAGUUUAACCCUGUUCUGUCCCGAAGAAGGGGACUGGAAAAACUCCAAUCUUGACAGACACAAUCUCCAAGACUUCAUCAAUAUUAAACUCAACUCAGCUUCAAUAUUGCCAGAGAUGGAAGGACUUUCUGAGUUCACUGAGUACCUCUCGGAAUCAGUGGAGGUCCCUUCUCCCUUUGAUAUCCUUGAACCCCCCACAUCAGGUGGAUUUCUAAAGCUCUCUAAGCCCUGUUGCUACAUUUUUCCUGGAGGCAGGGGUGAUUCUGCAUUGUUUGCAGUGAAUGGAUUCAAUAUGCUCAUCAAUGGAGGGUCAGAAAGAAAAUCUUGCUUCUGGAAGCUCAUCCGGCACUUGGACCGAGUGGACUCCAUCCUGCUCACCCACAUUGGGGAUGACAAUUUGCCUGGAAUAAACAGCAUGCUUCAGCGAAAAAUCGCAGAGCUUGAAGAAGAACAGUCCCAGGGUUCCACUACAAACAGUGACUGGAUGAAAAACCUCAUCUCCCCUGAUUUAGGAGUUGUCUUCCUCAAUGUACCUGAAAAUCUGAAAAAUCCAGAGCCAAACAUUAAGAUGAAGAGAAGUAUAGAAGAAGCUUGCUUCACUCUCCAGUACCUAAACAAAUUAUCCAUGAAACCAGAACCUUUAUUCAGAAGUGUCAGCAAUACCAUUGAGCCUGUCAUUCUUUUCCAAAAGAUGGGAGUUGGUAAACUUGAGAUGUAUGUGCUUAACCCAGUCAAGAGCAGCAAGGAAAUGCAGUAUUUUAUGCAGCAGUGGACUGGCACCAACAAAGACAAGGCUGAACUAAUUCUGCCCAGUGGUCAAGAAAUAGAUAUCCCAAUUUCCUAUUUAACCUCCGUCUCAUCUUUGAUUGUAUGGCAUCCAGCAAACCCUGCAGAAAAAAUUAUCCGAGUACUUUUUCCUGGAAAUAGUACCCAAUACAGUAUCUUAGAAGGGCUAGAAAAACUCAAGCAUUUAGACUUUCUAAAACAGCCACUAGCCACCCAGAAGGAUCUAACUGGCCAAGUGGCCACUCCUGCAGUGAAACAAGCAAAACUGAAACAGAGGGCUGACAGCCGAGAAAGUCUGAAGCCAGUCACAAAGCCACUUGCCAGCAAAUCUGUGAGAAAAGAGUCUAAGGAAGAAACACCUGAAGUCACAAAGGCUAAUCAUGUGGAAAAGCCACCCAAGGUUGAAAGCAAAGAAAAGGUAAUAGUGAAAAAAGACAAGCCAGUGAAAACCGAAACCAAACCCACAUUGAUUGAAAAGGAAGUAUCCAGCAAGGAGGAGCAGCCCCCAGUGAAAGCUGAGCUGACUGAAAAACCAGCCACAGAUGUCAAACCCAAGGUGACCAAGGAGAAGACAGUGAAAAAGGAAAUAAAGGCAAAACCAGAAGAGAAAAAAGAGGAGAAGGAAAAGCCAAAGAAAGAAGUGGCUAAAAAGGAGGACAAGACACCCAUCAAAAAGGAGGAAAAAACAAAAAAGGAAGAGGUGAAGAAGGAAGUCAAGAAAGAGAUCAAGAAAGAAGAGAAAAAAGAACUCAAGAAAGAGGUGAAAAAAGACACACCACUGAAGGAUGCGAAGAAGGAGAUCAAGAAAGAUGAGAAGAAGGACAUUAAAAAAGAAGAGAAGGAACCUAAAAAAGAAAUUAAGAAGAUUCCUAAAGACACAAAGAAGUCAUCUACUCCUCUGUCUGAGGCCAAAAAACCAGCUGUACUAAAACCAAAAGUACCCAAGAAGGAAGAGGCUGUCAAGAAAGAUUCUGUUGCUACUGGGAAACUGAAGGAUAAGGGAAAGGUUAAAGUCAUUAAGAAGGAAGGCAAGAUGACAGAGGCUGCAGCUGCAGCUACUGGCACUACAGCCACCGCAGCACCUGUGACAGCAGCCACCACUGGCCCUGCCAAAGACCUUGAAGCUGAGAGAUCCCUUAUGUCAUCCCCUGAGGAUCUCACCAAGGACUUUGAAGAAUUAAAAGCAGAAGAGGUUGAUGUAGCAAAAGACAUCAAGCCUCAGCUUGAGCUGAUAGAGGAUGAAGAGAAGCUGAAGGAGACUGAACCAGUCAAAGCCUAUGUCAUCCAGGAGACUGAAGUGAUUAAAGGUCCUGCAGAGUCCCCAGAUGAGGGUAUCACCACCACAGAAGGGGAGGGUGAAUGUGAACAGACACCUGAGGAGCUGGAACCAGUUGAGAAACAGGGGGUGGAGGACACUGAAAAGUUUGAAGAUGAAGGAGCAGGUUUUGAAGAAUCCUCUGAGACUGGAGACUAUGAGGAAAAGGCAGAGACUGAGGAGGCAGAGGAGCCAGAAGAGGAUGGUGAUGAAAACAUAUGUGUGAACACAUCCAAGCACAGCCCCCUGGAGGAAGAGGAGAGUGUGAAGGCUGAGGACGAUGUGCACAUUAAGGAGAAGAGGGAGUCUGUGGCAAGUGGUGAUGACCGAGCAGAAGAAGACAUGGAUGAGGCUGUGGAGAAAGGAGAAGCUGAGCAAUCUGAGGAGGAGGGUGAUGAAGAGGAUAAAGCUGAAGGUGUCAGAGAGGAAGAAUAUGAGUCUGAAAAAGCUGAAGCUGAAGAUUAUGUGAUGGCUGUGGUUGACAAGGCUGCAGGGGCUAGUGGUCUUGAGGAUCAGUACGGAUUUCUUACCCCAUCAGCCAAGCCAGUGGGGUCCCAGUCUCCUCUUCAAGAACCUGCAUCUUCAAUUCAUGAUGAAACUUUACCUGGAGGAUCAGAAAGUGAGGCCACUGCUUCCGAUGAGGAGAAUCGAGAAGACCAGCCUGAAGAAUUCACUGCCACAUCUGGUUAUACUCAGUCUACCAUUGAGAUAUCCAGUGAGCCCACCCCAAUGGAUGAGAUGUCCACUCCUCGAGAUGUCAUGAGUGAUGAAACCAAUAAUGAAGAGACAGAGUCCCCAUCUCAAGAAUUUGUAAAUAUCACCAAAUAUGAGUCUUCGUUGUAUGCUCAGGAAUACUCAAAAUCUGCUGUGACAGCACUCAAUGGAUUGUCUGAUGGGUCAAAGACAGAUGCCACUGAUGGGAAGGAUUACAAUGCUUCAGCUUCUACUAUCUCACCACCCUCAUCCAUGGAGGAAGACAAAUUUAGCAAGUCUGCUCUACGUGAUGCAUACUGCUCUGAAGAGAAAGAUGUGAAAGCCAGUUCCAUGUUGGACAUCAAAGACAUGAUCUCAGCAGGUUCAGAGGAAAAACUUAGUUUAUCCAAGAUCCCAUCUCUGAGUCCAUCUCCACCAUCACCUAUAGAAAAGACUCCUCUAGGUGAACGUAGUGUGAACUUUUCUCUGACACCCAAUGAGAUUAAAGUCUCAGCAGAGGCAGAAUCAGUCUCAGUCUCUUCUGAGGUGACUCAAGAAGUAGCUGAAGAACAUUGUGUUAGUCCUGAGGAUAAGACCCUAGAAGUUGUGUCUCCAUCACAAUCUGUGACUGGCAGUGCUGGCCACACACCUUACUACCAAUCUCCCACUGAAGAGAAAUCCAGUCACCUUCCAACAGGAGUUAUUGAAAAACCACCAGAGGCUCCAGAGAGCUUUGAAUUCAGUGAUGCAAAAGAUGAGCAUGAAAGGGCUUCCAUAAGCCCCAUGGAUGAACCUGUGCCUGACUCAGAGUCUCCUAUUGAAAAGGUUCUGUCUCCCUUACGGAGCCCACCCCUACUUGGAUCUGAAUCUGCAUAUGAGAGCUUCCUAAGUGCUGAUGACAAGGAUUCUGGUAGAUAUGUUGAAAGCCCCUUUGAAGGGAAGAAUAGAGAACAAGACUUUACAGAUCAAAUAAGUCCAGUUUCUGACAUAACUUCCACUGGUCUUUUCCAAGAUCAACAGAAAGGGGAAACCACAGACUUUAUACCAAUAAAGGAAGACUUCAGUCAAGAAAGGAAAAUUGAUGAUAUUGAUACUCUCAGUUCUCAAUCAGGACUGGCUCUAGAUGAAAGGAAGUUAGGAGGAGAUAUUUCUCCUACACAGAUAGAUGCCAGUCAUCUUGGAUCUUUUAAAGAGGAUACCAAGAUGUCCAUUUCUGAAGGCACCGUCUCAGACAAGUCAGCUACUCCUGUUGAUGAGGGUGUAGCAGAAGACACAUACUCUCAUAUGGAGGGUGUGGCCUCAGUCUCCACAGCUUCAGUGGCUACAAGUUCAUUUCCAGAGCCAACAACAGAUGAUGUGUCUCCUUCUCUCCAUGCUGAGGUUGGCUCCCCACAUUCCACAGAAGUAGAUGACUCCCUUUCAGUGUCUGUUGUGCAAACGCCUACCACUUUCCAGGAAACAGAAAUGUCUCCAUCUAAAGAAGAAUGCCCAAGACCAAUGUCAAUUUCUCCACCUGACUUCUCCCCUAAAACAGCCAAAUCCAGGACACCAGUACAAGAUCAUAGAUCUGAGCAAUCCUCUAUGUCUAUUGAAUUUGGCCAAGAGUCUCCAGAGCACUCCCUUGCUAUGGACUUCAGCCGACAGUCUCCAGAUCACCCCACAGUGGGUGCAGGGGUGCUUCACAUCACUGAAAAUGGGCCAACUGAGGUGGACUACAGUCCUUCUGACAUGCAGGACUCCAGUUUAUCACAAAAGAUACCACCAAUGGAAGAGCCAUCUUACACCCAAGAUAAUGAUUUGUCUGAGCUCAUCUCAGUGUCUCAGGUUGAAGCCUCUCCAUCCACCUCUUCUGCACAUACCCCUUCUCAGAUAGCUUCUCCUCUCCAAGAAGAUGCUCUAUCCGAUGUUCCUCCCAGAGAUAUGUCCUUAUAUGCAUCACUCACCUCUGAAAAAGUACAAAGUCUGGAAGGAGAGAAGCUCUCACCUAAGUCUGAUAUCUCUCCUCUUACCCCAAGACAGUCCUCUCCUUUAUAUUCACCUAGCUUCUCAGAUUCUACCUCUGCAGUCAAAGAGAAUAUAGCAACUUGCCACACUCCUUCUCUUCCACCAAUGGAUACAGCAUCCACAGAGCCUUAUGACUUCCGUGCCUCAAUGUUAUUUGAUAGCAUGCAACACCACCUAGCCUUGGAUACAGAUUUGACCACAUCUGGUAUAGAGAAGGACAGUGGAGGAAAGACACCAGGUGACUUUAGCUAUGCUUAUCAGAAGUCUGAGAAAACAACCAGGUCUCCAGAUGAAGAAGGUUAUGACUAUGAGUCUUAUGAGAAGACCACCCGGACCCCAGAUGUGAGUGGCUAUUACUAUGAGAAGGUAGAGAGAACCACAAAGUCUCCAUCUGGUGGUGGCUACUCCUAUGAGACCAUUGAAAAAACUGUCAAGACUCCCGAAGAUGGUGGCUAUGCCUAUGAAAUUACUGAAAAGACCACACGGACCCCUGAAGAAGGUGGAUACUCGUAUGAGAUCAGUGAGAAGACGAUCAGGACCCCUGAAGUGAGUGGCUACAGCUACGAAAAGACAGAAAGGUCUAGAAGACUCCUGGAUGACAUCAGCAAUGGCUACGAUGACUCUGAAGAUGGUGGCCACACACUUGGGGAUUGCAGCUACUCCUAUGAAACAAGUGAGAAAAUUUCCAAUUUCCCUGAGUCUGAAAGUUACUCCUAUGAGAAAUCGACAAAAACAACACGAACCCCUGAUACUUCUACGUACUGCUAUGAAACUGCAGAGAAAAUCACCAGGACCCCCCAGGAGUCUACAUAUUCCUAUGAGACAUCAGACCAGUGCUACACAGCAGAGAAGAAGUCCCCCUCAGAGGCUCGGCAGGAUGUGGACUUAUGUCUUGUGUCCUCCUGUGAGUACAAGCAUCCCAAGACAGAGCUGUCACCCUCUUUCAUCAAUCCUAACCCUCUUGAGUGGUUUGCCAGUGAAGAGCCAACUGAAGAAUCUGAGAGGCCCCUCACUCAGUCAGGGGGAGCCCCACCACCUCCAGGAGGAAAGCCACAAGGGCGGCAGUGUGAUGAGACCCCUCCCACCUCAGUCAGUGAGUCAGCUCCCUCCCAGACUGACUCUGAUGUGCCCCCGGAGACUGAAGAGUGCCCCUCCAUCACAGCUGAUGCGAAUAUUGACUCUGAAGAUGAAUCAGAAACCAUCCCCACUGACAAAACAGUCACAUACAAACACAUGGACCCACCUCCAGCCCCCAUGCAAGACCGAAGCCCUUCUCCACGCCAUCCUGAUGUGUCCAUGAUGGACCCAGAGGCCUUGGCCAUUGAGCAGAACCUGGGCAAAUCUCUGAAGAAGGAUCUGAAAGAGAAAACUAAAACCAAAAAGCCAGGUACAAAGACCAAGUCAUCAUCACCUGUCAAAAAAGCUGAUGGGAAAUCUAAGCCCUCAGCAGCCUCCCCAAAGCCAGGGGGGUUGAAAGAGUCCUUAGAUAAAGUAUCCAGAGUAGCUUCUCCUAAGAAGAAAGAAUCUGUGGAAAAAGCAACAAAAACUACAGCCACACUUGAGGUCAAAGCAGCACGUGGGGAAGAGAAAGACAAGGAAACCAAGAAUGCCACCAAUGCCUCCACAUCCAAAUCUGUAAAGACAGCAACUGCUGGACCAGGAACCACCAAGACAGCCAAGCCGUCAGCUGUGCCUCCAGGCCCCCCAAUCUAUUUGGACCUGUGCUAUAUUCCCAACCACAGCAAUAGUAAGAAUAUCGAUGUCGAAUUUUUCAAGAGAGUGAGGUCAUCCUACUAUGUAGUGAGUGGGAAUGACCCUGCUGCUGAGGAGCCCAGCCGGGCUGUCCUGGAUGCCUUGCUGGAAGGCAAGGCCCAGUGGGGCAGCAACAUGCAGGUGACGCUGAUUCCUACUCAUGACUCAGAAGUGAUGAGGGAAUGGUACCAGGAGACCCAUGAGAAACAGCAAGAUCUCAAUAUCAUGGUUCUAGCAAGUAGCAGCACAGUAGUUAUGCAAGAUGAAUCCUUCCCUGCAUGCAAGAUUGAACUGUAAAACCACAGCCAGCCACACCACAGGAUAUGAACUUUGUUUCCAGAAAUUCUUCAGUUUGAAACCACCUUUUCUAAAAAGUCAAUUCACCUAAAUAAGUCACUGAACAGUUACCUGCCAAACACUAUACAUGUUUUGGUGAUGCAAGUCACUAAUAUUUCUCACUUUUUUUGCUGAUUGCUAAGGGAAGUAACAGUAUUCCCACAAUAGAGUUCAAGUUACUGCAAAAUUACCUACCCCUAGUUCAUCUCUGCUGAACAUUUUGAAACCAUGCACUAGCAAACCCAACUGACUUCUGCUAGGUAGAGGAAUUUGUCUUAGAGAGAGAGCAAGAAAGAGAGAGUGUGUGCACGCACAAAAAGGACACUGGGGAGAGAAAGAGAGAAUGAGAAAGAAAAAGAAUGUAAAAGAAGGAAAUGGAAUGAAAGAGAGUGCUGGUGACCAGAAUGAAAGAAGAAAGAGCAGGAUGGGGUAGAGAGGAAGAAAUAUCCAACAGUCAGGUCUGCAUUUUCUCAGGCAGUCUGUCUUCUGUAGUCUAUAUAGAUUAAAGUUUUCCACUUGUGUCAGUCUGAGUCAUCAAAAAGAGUCUUAAUUUUCUAAAACAAGCUGGUGGGGGGGAUAAAAAUAGCAAGACUUAAUAUGAGGGCAUGUGAGAUUUUCACGCCUUAAUUAAGCUCCUUCAGUUUGAAGGCUGCAUACUGACCUAUCAUACUGAGUGUAGACUGGACAGGCAAAUGGUUUGAAUCCCACUCUGGACUCCCAGACUCUUAAGACAUGCAAGUAGGUUGCUUGCUCUAAGGCAUGCUCCCAGCAUUCAUGCACCCAGUUAGUCCACAGUCACUUAACCUGCAUGCGGAAACACUUAAGUUCACCCCAGUUAAGAAGCAAAUACCAAAGCAGUUGGGAGUAUAUAUGGUAGACAGUUUGCCUUAGAAAGUGACUUGAAUGUACAAAGAUAACUUGAUGCACUUAUUUUUUAAUGUGAGACAGCAAGUUUAUAGAGCAUCUGAGUAGGAUUAUAGAUACUCCUGUUAAAGGAGCAUGUGCGUGCGCAUGUGAGGGUACCUGAAGCUGAUCUGAUUAGUGCAACAAUAUGAUGCCUAGUCCUGCGAGUUGAAUGCCAGCCACCUCAUUGCACCUGCAGCCCCUCAUCCAAAUGAGUUGAGCCUUUUAUAGCUCCUUUCCUACUGCAAGUUCAAGACUGAGAUGGCUUCUAGGAUCAGAACUGGGAAAACAGUAAAUCUUAACAGUGGAAGAGUUUCUCAGCAAGUGUACAGUAUUUACCUUCCUUUGUCUUACAUUGGUUUUGUUUUUUAAUUUUCCAUUAACUGCAGCAUAGCUAAGGGAACAAGUGUACAGAAGAAUUUUUUUUUUUUAGAUAGUGAACUUUUCAUAGAAGAACUUUAUAACUAUCUUUCAUUUACAGCAAAAUGCAAAGAUGAAUUUCAAGUGACUUUUUUUUUAAGUGUAUUGUAAGACAAAACCAUGAAUAAUAUUUUUGAAGUCCUGGUGAAAUUUAAUCUUAUAUUGCAAUAAUAAUAUUUAUUAAAAACCCGUAACUACCAGGAAUAAUGAUACCUCCCACCUCUAGAUUCUCAUAACAUAAAAAUCUUGAGUAUGUGCUGUUUGAGAAUGGGGAAGAAUUACAUACUAGGCUACUUUUUCCAGACCAAGACAAGAACAGUCCCCAGUGAUAUUCCACAUACUUCUUUCAAGAUCUUCAACUACGAGGUAAAUGAGCCAAGACAAGUUCAAACAACCCUAGUGAAAAUUUGCUUUAGGAUUUUUUUUUGUCUGGAAUGAAAUAAUACAUUGAAAGCAAAUGAAUUCCCAUCAUCAGUGCUUUCCCCAUGCAGAGUUCAGAAAUUAUUUCCAUCAUUGUUAUCAUUGAACUGUGAAGCUGGGAAGCAACAUCAUAGUUAAAACUGGUGUCAAGUUCAAAAUGCAGAUCAAUGCUCCCAUGUUCAGAUGUGGCAAACUUCCCAGUGAUAACUGUGCUGUGUCAUGUAGUGUUUCCUGCAGACUCUGAGAUCUAUGGAGUUUGGUGAACAAUGACCUCAUUUUAUUUUCUAUGUUAGUUAUUUAUUUCAAAAUUAACAUUUUUGUUUGUUUUUGUCUGAUAAAUAUGUGUUUUGCACUGCUAAUAACUAUGAGGGUUUAAACUGCUUCUUCAGGGUCCCUCCACUGUGGACAUGUGCAGUCUACUUAAUGCUGUGAAUUACAUUUUUCAAAUGUUUAAUUUUUUUUAUUUAAUAUUCUAUUUUGUAUGCUUUGCUAGAAACACAGCUUUUAUUUAUUGCCCCAUUUCUUUCAAGUCCUUAAGAGCAACACAUUGACUAAAGGUACAAAAAUUAACACAUUAUAGAAAUCACUUUGUGACCUAAAUGGAUUUCAUUGAGUAUAUAUGCAUCUACUUCACACUAAGAUACUCAGUAAAAUGGUUUAAGGAUUUCUAAGUUCCCAAGUUAACUUCAUUUGACAAUAUACAUUAUGUUGUUUUAAAAAAUAAAUAAACAUAUGAGAAUUCUAGGCAGCCUUCAAUUAUUACCAUUCUACCCCACUCUUGUCUUCUGCUGUGGGGUUUAAUGGGGAAGAUACACAGAAGCAGCCACCCAUGAGCUGAGUCUUUUCCCUAUAAAAUAACAUCAUCAGUACUUUUCUCUAGCCAUCAUUCUCAGUGAUGACCACAGAGCCCAAAUAUACCAUUGCAACCAAUACUUGCAUUACAGAUUGCUCCUGUACUUUCAGACACCUUUCUUACCUGUAUGACUAAACUAAUUUCGCCAGUUCCAUUAAAAAAAGAAACCCAAACACAAUUUGUUUAGUAACAGCCAUCACAAUGUACCGUGUACAUUCAUGGUGAGAGCUUAAGAUUGACAUAGACUUCUAGGAGCUUUAGUCAUACUAAUUACUUAAUGUGAUUGUAUAGACUGAAUAUUUGAGUGGGAGAAAUUUAUACUCUAUUUGAAUGAUGGGGUUCCAUUGAAAUAGCACUCAUGAUCAUGACCUUUUUGCUAGUAGUCUUAAACAAAAUUCUACAGACUAAAUAUUAGCAGUGGCCCUCCAUUUUCAAUUUUAAUGAAUCUAUCCCAUUCUCAGAACCCAACCCCAUGCAUGCUUUCUCAGUCUUGUGGUGGGACUGGAUACAAUUACUGAAUUUCCCCCUUUCCCCAUUCCCAGGCCCCUCCCCAACACUGAAUCUCCCCCUUCCCCCAUUCCCAGGCCCCUCCCCAAUGACAUUUCCUAUAUUCAAAACCAGUUUCUUUUAACCUUACAUAUCAUAGUGAAUGGUUUCCCCAGUGUAUAUGAAUGUUUUAAGUGUCUCCAAUAGCUUAUGCAGUUUAGGAGCUUUCCAAUACUCACUGAAUAAGAUUUAAUCAUUUGCUAAUGGAAAUUCUACCACCUUCCAUUUUCCCUCUGUGACCAAACCUCAGCUCUCAGGAGCUGUUCUGCAAUUCUGAAGUUGCUUUUCUUGCCUCUCUGUAGUCACCUGUCACAGGAGGUUCUUGCUCAGUAAUGAUAAUGUGAGUUAGAUUAAUAGUUUUUUUUGUUUUCUUUUUCCUUUCGGGCGCUUCGGAUUUAGAAGAGAAAGAUCCUGUUUCUAUUUUGAAAGGAACAGUAAGCCUUCAUCUUUCAACCAACUGAACAACACACCAAAAGCAGCCUACGGGUGAGCAUUUCUUUGAAAGCAAUUAGGUUACUCACCUGGUAUUAAAACUACUAUUGGAAAAAAUAAAUCUGUGACUUUAUUAAGUUCACGUAUAAGGAAGCAUCAAAAACUGAAAAGGAAGGGAAAAAGUAGCUUCUCUGCACUCUUUGGGAGCUUUCCCAAAAAGGAGCCAUGGAGAUGGGGCAUGGAGACCUGGCUGUCCUUCAGAGAACACUAGGCAGCCUGCAGCCCUGCUGGUCUCAAGCCCCUGCUGAGAAGCACCUCCCACUCCUCUCUCUUGUUCUGAAUGGUGUUUGUGUCAGUCUGCAGCUGUGUAUGGUAUUAUGUCUUAUAAUCCUGCAUCACUUCUAUCCUACCCAGUCAUAUCUAAUGUAGAAAAUUAGUUUCCAGUGAAAGUAAUAUGUAGUGCUUUUAUGAUAUUUGUGUGCAAUAUCCCCUCUUCCAUUGAGGAUAUUUGAUGUAAAAGAAAAAAAAAACUCAGUUCCACAAUAAAAUACAAAAGUGGCAAAAGCUUA